AUGGCGUCCCCGGUGGUGAUCGCGCUCUAUCGGACACUGCUGCGCUCCACGCAGACGCUGCAGCGCGACGUGGAGGCCGGCCGCACCCUGUACAAUGCCGUCCGCUCGGGCGCCGUCGCCUCAUACGCCGGGGUCAAGAGCGACUGGCAGCGCGAGCGCAUGUUCAUGCGGCGCUUCGAGGAUAUGGAGGUGUUAAAGCGACGGGGCGCAGGCAACAAAACUUUUGCCGCCAUUGUGCGCUCAGGGUUCGCCCAGCCCGUGGAUACAAAGGAUAAGGCGGCGCUGGACGCCCGGAUUGACGCCGCAUUUGACGCGAUGAAGAGCGUGGACGACCACAACGCCCUCAUCCGGGAGUUUAGAGACCAAGGGAUUUUUGGACCCAAGGAACGCAGCAACGCCAUCGAGUUCUUGGUGGGAGACGUGGUGGAAGUGAAGGGUGAAAAGCGUGGUGUGAUUUUCGCCUGUCCUGGCUUCAGUUUUGCGAGUAAAUUGUACAACGUGCCCCAAGAAGAAAUCCGUCUGGAUGAAUCUCCCAAGGCGGUUGUGCACCCUGCGCUCUUGUUGUACUUUGACGGCUUUGAUGGCACUCACCACGUCGCGUCUGAAGCGCUGGCAGCUCGGUACCCGACUGACGUCUCUGGAAAACCUGAAGACGCCGACGUUGUUGUGUCCACGCCGUCCAUCAUGCAACUUCAAUCGGCGGACGAGGACAAGCUGCUGACGUACUUGCGCUGUGACGACAGCACCAUCGUCCAGUUUGUGAUGGCUAGUCUGGAGGGCAUGUGGCUCGGAGAGUGCGGACAGAGUGUCCAGGAUGAAGUGCAGCGAGCUGUGGAGCUGGCCGGACAGAAGAAGUGGGACGAAGCGCGAGAGAUGCUGGAGCAAGUGGUGCACGACUUCCCCGAGUAUGCCUACGCCUGGAACAAGCUCGCCAUGGUCGAGUACCAAAGCGGCAACUUCGGGAAAGCUCUGGGUCACUACGAGACUGCCAUCAAGUUGAAGCCGCAGCUUAUCGAAGCUCUCGUCGGACUAGGAACGUGCGCCACGAGGCUCCAGCGAUGGAGCUUGGCGCACCGCGCCGCUGUGCAGCUACUGGAAGUGCAGCCGAGCAACGACACAGCUCGAAUGCUGAUCGAGCAAGCCGUGUACGCCACAUUGUAG